AUGUUUUCGGGUUCUGAAGGCAGCGUUCGAACGGAUGACACCAACGUUGAACCACCGCCAAUACCGAAAACUCGCGGCCCGUUACUUUUUGAAGGUGUGAGGUUGGCGGGCGGCCCCCCGCGCAGAACACCCAAAAGAUCGUGCUCUCGUUACUUUUCUGUAACCAGGAAAACGACUUCUGCGGGGACAGAUGAGUGUGAACAUGCGCCACCAGGGUUUUCAUUAGUUAAUACACCAAGCACACAAGAUGUUUCCCCCUCAGCGAAAAUGGAACUGCCGUGCAGUGCUGCUGCCCAUUAUGAUGAUGACGAUGAUGAUGAUGAUAUUAUACCAUCGACUGCCCCACUUCCGACACCACACCCGGUGAUGCACAGAGUUUUAGCAACAGGACAACCCAAUGGAGUGUCGCGGUUGUUGCCAUUUGAUGAAUAUGUUGUUGAGGAAGUGACACCGAGAAAAUGUAGCAGCAUUUCAGCAGAUACAAGUGGUGCCGCGCCCUCCACCCCGCAAGGCACUGAACUAAGAGAAGUUACACAGGUGGAAGAACAAUCACCGCUUCCCGCGGUUCCAGAGAUGUGUGAGUCGCCAACACGAUUUACGCUUGGUCCACGACUACCGGUAAAUGGGGAAAAGGUCCGUAUGGAUUUUUAUUUUCUCCAACAGGAAGUUGAUGCGUGGGCAAAACCUAUCGAAACGACAGCCGACGUCGAGUGGCACAAACAGCACCUACAAGAAACGAGGGUCGCAAUGCGUUCCCUGCUGCAUGAGUUGGAAGUACUUAUAGCGAGAGAAGCCGCAGAACAUGAGCGGUUGUGCAUUGCGAGGGGGUUCAGUGCAAUGGAAUCCACCAGUGAUGGCAAAUGCACUUAUGCGGGUGAAACCGAUGUUGUGAGUAAAACUAGAGGCAAGGAAUGGAAACAAGAGGAAUUAGAAACGCUGGAGGCGUGGCGGGUGGAAAAGGGGGCACUUUUGGCACAAAAGUCAAAAUUGCUUCGCGAGCACCAGGAGUUGCAAUACCGUUUGCGCUCUCAUUUAAGUGGUAGCGCUACUGGAAGAGUGACACCAUCACCAAAUACUAGCGUUAGCAGAAGUAACAAAAGUAGGGGAGAUGAGGGAAAUAUCGGUGGGAUGUCGACUCCACUCGACAACGGCGUGGCGCAAUUACGGCUUGAAAUCAGUGAGAUGAAUGCCAAGUUAAAGAAACUUGAAGAUGCAUACAAAGUUCUUCAUGACAACCAACAAUGGCGUCAGGGAGAGUUUGAUGAUGAAUAUGGCGCGUUAUGUCGUGCGCUCGCCACAGCAACGGCUGGAGAAAUAAACAACCGCACGGCUUUGCAAGAUACCAUUAGGGAGGCGGAAGGUGUGCGGGCAAAUUGUCUCAGGCAAGGUGAUGCAUCGCUUGUAUCUCUAAUGGAGCGUGGUUUGAGCGAGGCUAAAGCAGCUCUUAAAUGCCACGACACCGAGCAAUACGAAACUAAGUGA